AUGUGGGCUAUGAAAACCACACUCGAAAUUUAUAGGCCCACUCAAGCCCAGCAAGAAGACCUCGAGCCUACCAAGCGACUCCCUCGUAAGCCAGUUAACUGCCAUCGAGCUAUUCCGGUCGACGUAAAGACGAGCUCCAGCUCGAUCAAGGACCAGGUCGGCACUGCGAAGAAAGACGAAGUCAAAGAAGAUCUCCUUCAAAUCCGGUCUGGUCCGAGAUCACCGGGAUCGUUAGCUGCACGUGGCGAGAUACGCGGAGGUGGAUCGUAG